AUGUGCCGUGCUGUGCUCACCGUGGCGCUGCUGGGAUUCACUGGCCACGCCGUCGUUGGCCUCCAGUCGGAGCCGCCCGACCAGCCGGACGCGCUGGACUGGGUUGGUAUAGAGGAGUUCCGCACGUGGGGGGACACGCUGAAUUUCGAUGAGCUCGAGUACACCGCCAAGACGGACGCGAUCAGCCAGAAGAGGCAGUUGAAGACGAGGUUGAAGGCCUCCGAGUUGUUCAACCAGGAGGCCCUAGAGGCCAACACGCACCGGGCGGAGAUGGAGACCAACGCGGGCAGCGAGCUCGAGGGCUUCGCGGAGCCCCUCAACGAGACCGAGGUCAGCGAGAUGGUCGACGCGUGGGAGUCCGUUCCGGGCAGCGACGUGACUUUCAGCUACGGCACCCACUGUGGCGCGAGCGGUUGUCGCAGCAGCGGACACAAGAGGGGCCAGCCUUCCUUCCAGGAGAUGCACCGCAACGUGCUCGCCUCUAUUCGCGCGAUGCGCUUCUGCUUCAGCGACGUCAUGAUCGUGCUGGACGCCCCUCACGCGGGCCACGACAAGCUUGGCCCAGAGACACCAGGCAACGUCACCAGCCACUCGGUUGCACCCCACGGUGCCACUGGAGGCGAGAUGGUACUAUUGGGCGGGAGGCGCAUCACGAGGUUCGGCGUGGACCUCGCGCUGAAGUCCGCGGCGGUGGCUACCGCCAGGGCCGCCGCCGAGCUGCUCCGCGACCACUGUCCGACCGCCGCCCCCCAGUGGAGGGUGAAGGUCGUGGACUACGGCUCUCCCGAGAUGUUGAAGGAUGCUCUCGAGCACUACGCCAUCCCUGAGGCAGAGAAGAAUUCUAGCUUCUACGACAGAAUGUACGUCAACACCAUGGCGCUGGACCAGAACUUCCAGUGCAAGGGCCAGUACGUGUACCACAUGGACGCCCAGUGGCGCAUCUACAGGAGCAACCACUCCCACGGAGCCCCCAACUUCAUAUCUAAGGCGCUCUCCCUCAUGAGGUCGGACGAGAGGGUCUACAUGGCCUCGGUCAUCAACACGUUCAACCUGGACCCCCAGAAGAACCCUUACAACAGGUUCGCUGUGAUUCCCGGGGCGGUGCACGGCAGUACCCCGGUGGAUCGUGUGAAGGGCAUGUUGCAGGGCUGGAGCCCAGAGCAGUGGCUCUCUCAGAAGCGCCCCCUGCGCGGCGAGGCUUUCCACGGCAAUUGGGAGAACAAGACUGACGAGAUGAACAAGCGGAUCCAGCUCUACCAGAUGAAUUGGGAUACGUGGGGCGGCAUCGUCACGCGCCACCAGUUCCUCAUGGACGUCGGUCGCAUGAAGGGCCUAUUUCCGAUGGAGGAGUGGGACACCGCCGCAGAGCACAUGUGGUCUGCCAACAUGAACAAGAAAUUCAAGGACAGGGCUUUCCAGAUUUACUUCAACGAGACCGUCGGGGUGUUCGCCGGCCCCUCCGACGCCUGA